CUCAGUCCGCCGAGACGGGCGCCACGAACACUGUUCAGAAACCUGAUGCCACCAUUGUCGCUUCAGAGGUCGAUGCCGUCAAUGCCGACUAGAAAGACGCGUCGGGUAGCUAUCGUGUCGCAGAUUUUAUUCCGUUGAAGAGAUGGUGCUCCAGCCUAAAACCCGUCCGGUAUCUAUCCAACAGUUGGUUGCCGAAGUCAAGGGCAUCUAUGCGGGCUUGGUUAUGGUCGAAGCAAAAUGCAUGGAAGUAGACAAUCGCCUGGCCUCCAAUAGCGUCGACGACCACAACGAUGCACAGUUCCAGGCUCUUAUUGCCCUCCACCGUACAUUGCAGCACGAGCACCAUGAAUUCUUCUUAGAGGCAUCACAACACCCUAGUGCAUCGCGGUCACUCGGACGCCUCGCCAGAAGAUAUGACAUGCCUGGGAGAAUGUGGCGGCACGGCGUACACCUAUUUCUGAAAAUCUUGCGCCACCGAAUGAACGGUCUAGGGAAGCCAUGCUGAGUUUUAUAGUGUGAAGUUUGCAGGGCGAUCGCAUAGCGGACCUGCCCGGAUGCAGACACUAGCGCAUGCAAUAUUGCAUUCGAUGAAGUUUUUCUUACCGGAUACUGAGAGCACUUUGAGGCUCUACUAGGCCGUCUGCAAUGCUAAGAGGCCUCGCCCCGUUCUUUAGGCGAGGAAGGGAAAAGGACUAACAAAUUUGAAUAUGUAGCCGUGUAUUAUGGCAGCAUUUCCGACCGGUUCCCUAGUCCGAUUCUUUGAAGUUGGAUGUCGUUAUGAAUACACUGUUUUUUAUUGCGAGGAAUAAUAGCUUGACUCCAAUUAAUAUGUCUUUUUUAGCUUAUGUAAUUUUUUAGUUAAUUUUAUACUCGAAAAAUUUUGGUGAGUUAAAACCUAAG